AUGCACUUAUGGCUUCUCCUUCUUCUUCUUCUCCAAAGCCCCACCACAUUUUCCAAACCAAAGUGCUGAAUGCUCAUCAUGAUGUUCAACAAGUUGAUGAAAAAGCCAAAGAAGAAGAGAAAGAUUUGCUGGAGCUCCGUUUAGGAAGAGGGGGUCCCUUGAGUCCUAAAAGGUUGCACAUGGGUUCUUCUUCUUCUUGCUCAUCUUUGUGUUUACAACAACCUAAGCAGCAAAAUGUAGGGUUAGUAGAUCUAAAUCAUGCAUUGCCAUGUACAAUGCCGCCUGCAGUGCCAUCCUCGAUGCCAUUUCGCGUGAGACCUCAGCCUGGAUUGUGGUUUACUCUUCGUUCUUCCCCCACUAGGAAACGAGAGAUGUGGCUUCCUCAGAUACCGAAAAUGUAUAUCAGAGUCAAGGAGGAUGAGAAGGUGACAGUUCUUAUGGUGAAGACCUACCUACUUACUAAGCUUGGUCUCUCCAAUGAAGCUCAGAUAGAAAUAUUAUGCAAAGGACAGAGGUUAACAAGUUCAGAGAGGUUAAAGCAUGUAAGGGACACCAUUUGGCUACCAGGAUUCAUGGAAUCAGUGAUCAAAUCUGGGCUAAAUACAACGAUUUCAAUUUCAAAUGGUGCACCAGGGAAUCAUUUCAUUAUGUGUUUGGAAUAUGAAAGAAAAUAUUAGCUAGUUUUUCCACUCAAUCUCCAUCAACUAGCUAGCUAGUAAACAAUUAUACCAGAUCCAUGCUAUAUAUUAUGAACC